AUGGUUCUGGACAACAACUUCCAGCAAACAUGGCAGCAGCUUAUCGACCAGUACGAGAAUCCGAGAGUGAUCGUCGACACACAUAUCGACGGAUUGCUUGAUUUGAAGCCGAUGACCAAGCGAAACCAAAAGGAUUUACUCGAGCUGGUGAAAACGUUUAAUCGCCACGUUGGUGGACUUGAGUACCAGGGGCUAGAAGUGGAUGAACUUUCAGACCUCAUUCUAACGAAAAUCCUAACGUCACGAUUGGACGACCAAACACUGCAGCUUUGGGAGAGAAACCAGCAGCACGCCACAUUACCGAACCUGAAAGACACUGUAGCUUUUCUUCGAAGCGAAUGUCAGAUAUUGGAAAGAUUCCAAAACCGAUACCAGGCUACACCGAAACAGACACAAAUCAAGCCGUUCGUGAGUUCUAAGCAGUCGAAUCAGAAAUCAUAUACAACAGCUGAAUCCUGCCUUUUAUGCAAAGAAAAUCAUCGCCAUUUCGAGUGUCCAGAAUUACACAAGCUAUCUCCGGAUCAGCGUUAUGAGAAGGUAAAAAACUUGAAAAUCUGCUUCAACUGUCUCCGUCCAGGACAUCGCACACUUGACUGCUCAUCCAAGAAGACCUGCUCUCGUUGCCAGCGAAAGCACCACACUCUAUUGCACAAAGAGCCAUCGUAUACAGAGGAACAGCUUUUUGAUUACAAGUUACAAGAACAACACCAUUCCCGUUCGGUCACGACGGAUGAACCCCAUGAAUUCGAGCCAAUCACCAAUACCGUCGUUUCCUGCAGUUGUCACAGGGGUGCUAGAACAGUGAUGCUCAUGACGGCUAUAGUUCAACUCAAGGACAAUCGUGAACGCACAACACCUUGCCGAGUUUUACUGGAUAGUGGAUCGCAAGUGAACUUCAUUCACAAAGAUUUAGUUGACCGUUUGUUUGUCACUCGACGACCAGCACGAGUACCCAUUGCAGGAAUCGGUGGAGCCGACACCUUCGCCAAAGAAAAAGUGAUGGUGCAAAUAAAAUCGACACACUCCAAUUUCGGCACUGAUGUCGAAUGUUUAGUGGUUCCAACUAUAACGGAAGCAAUCCCAGCAACAAAAAUAAACGUUUCAUCAUGGCCGAUUGAUAGAAACCUACCCCUCGCAGAUCCAAACUUCAACCACCCAGGAGCCAUCGAUAUGCUGAUCGGCGUGUCACAAUUUUUGCGCUUGUUGAAGGCCGGGCGCCUCCAACUAGGCGACAACCUGCCGGAGUUACUUGAAACGCAUCUCGGAUGGGGACAUUCAACAAUGUUUUGUUGGCACCGAAGUAAUUUCCGCAGUACCAACGGUUCCGAAGCGCGAGAAGUUGUUCCAGCCAAUGAUCAAUAUAGACGACACUAG